CAGAGUUUUUUGAGGGAUUGCGUCUCAUAGAUAAAUAGGACACUGGAAACUUUGCUUUCAGCUUAAUGGGUAUCCAUCAAUCAUCAAAAAUGUAUAAACAAAUGAUUGUAAAGAGAUAUUUUCUUUUACAAACCUGGAUUAUUCUCUCUUGUUUUCAGUAAUAUUCUUUCAGUUGUUGUUGGGAUUUGCUUUAUUUUCUGGCCACUGCCCACAAGCAUAGAUUCUCUCUAUGUUGCAAAAUCAGAGCCCUCUCUCCUAGCUGGGUGGCUUAGGAAUGGAUGAAUGUGCUCUGCCUCUGCUUGGAUUCUCUCUGUUCACAAAAGAUUUGCUGCUUUUGUCCUUGCCUUUUUACCUUUCCUUUUCAUGGAUGCCUCGAGUUUCUAGGCGGUUUUAGGUGCAAGGUGCAGCUGGUGUACACAAUACACUUACACAGUGAUGCAUACGUGCACGUUUUAUUCCAUCCAUAUGGAUCCCACAACUGUGAAGAUGAGCUAUAUGGGUUCUGGUAGUCGAACUGCUAGAACACUCGAGUUCGGACGGACACAUGUAGUGAGGCCUAAAGGAAAACAUCAGGCUACUAUAGUUUGGCUUCAUGGACUUGGUGAUAAUGGCCCAAGCUCUUCCCAGCUCUUGGAAUCCCUUCCUCUUCCAAAUAUUAAAUGGAUCUGCCCAACUGCACCAACGCGCCCUGUUACAUUACUUGGUGGUUUUCCUUGCACUGCAUGGUUUGAUGUGGGAGAGCUUUCAGAAGAUGGUUCAAAUGAUUGGGAGGCUUUAGAUGCUUCAGCAGCACAUAUUGCAAACUUGUUGUCAACAGAACCAGCUGAUGUAAAAGUUGGUAUUGGAGGAUUCAGUAUGGGUGCUGCAAUGGCGCUUUACUCUGCAACUUGUUAUGCUCUAGGAAGAUAUGGAAAUGGUAACCCAUACCCUGUCAACCUAAAAGCAAUUAUCGGACUAAGUGGAUGGCUUCCAGGGGCAAGGAGCUUAAGAAGCAAAAUACAAAGCUCACAUGAGGCUGGAAGGCGUGCUGCUUCCUUACCCUUUUUGCUUUGUCAUGGAAUUUGCGAUGACGUUGUCCUCUAUAAAUAUGGGGAAAAAUCAGCCCACUCCUUAACUUCAGCAGGAUUUCGCUAUGUUACAUUCAAAUCCUAUGAAGGGAUUGGUCACUACACAGUACCUGCAGAGAUGGACGAAAUCUGCCAUUGGCUGGCCCCAAAACUAGGGCUUGAGGGCUCUCGCCCAUAAAAAGAAUGUAGUUGGAGGUAGUGAGUAGGAGGAGCUAUUCACAAUAAUAAUUUUGAGAGGAGAGCAUGUUUUGAAUGCAUAUGUAUAAGUAGGUAGUAUAUAGAAUGGAGCAUGGGGUAUAUGGUAUAUUAGCUAUAAUAACCUUCCUGAUUCCUUAUGUCAUCUUCUGCCCUAAAUAAAAGA